AUGUACCAUACUACGUUGUUCUUCCAAUCCGUUCUGCUCGAAUCAUCCCAGCAAGCCAGUCUUCACCUCAUUAUCCCAUCGGUAUCAUUUACCAUUAUUAGCGUUAUCACAGCAUCGGUUAUCGCUAGACUAAAAACCCCUGUUUAUACUCUCCGCGGAAGCCAAGUGCUGCUCGGCAUCGGCGUCCUGGGUCUUUUCCUUGCGGUUGCCUCCACCUCAGCUCAUAGCCGUGUACCGGAUUACAUAUAUAAUCUAGUUCUGAUUUUCCCGACUCUGGGCGUGGGUAUGAUGGCCCCUAGCACGGUUUUGACACUUCUAAAUUCCUCUACCAAGGAGGACCAUGCUGUCGCUAACGGGUGCUUCAUUAUGAUGAGAUCAUUGGGUGUGUUUAUUGCUGUUGCAUUGGGGACGACAACAUUGCAAAAUGCUUUCGAGUUCUCUUUAACACACCAGAAGGUCGAUGAUGAGUCCCGAAAGGCAAUCGAGCUGGCGCGGCAGAAGGUUGAGCUAAUACCUACUUUGCCGGAAUCGAUUCGAUCAAAAGUUGUCAAUGCGUAUUCAACAGGAUUUACCAUCCUGUUUGGACUGUGCGUGUUGUCGACAAUACUGAUUAUGCUCAGCCUCAGAGGCAUCAGUGUGCAGGAACUUGGAGAUGGAACCUAUAGCAAGCAGACUGGGCUAAAUAACGAGGAAGAAGAUACGGAGAUGGAAAUGGAUCCGGUGAGAAGAGGAUAA